AUGUGGAGGCGCACUUAUCUGUUUCUCGUUCUCGUCCGUCUCUAUUUUGCUUUAUCGCCGAGUUAUCUUCACCCCGAUGAAAACUUCCAAGGCCCCGAGGUCAUCGCAGGCCAAAUCUUCAGUUAUCCUGUCCGAUUAACCUGGGAGUUUACCUCGGACGAUCCAAUUCGAAGCGUCUUUCCAUUAUGGCCUGUUUACGGUCCGCCGAUGCUCCUCCUCAGAUGGUUGUGGAUAGGGAAUGGAAAUGAUGGGGAGAUACCACCGGUCGUUGUCUUCUGGACCUUACGAGUCUUGAUGUUUGUGUUAAGCUUUGUGCUGGAAGACUGGGCAAUUCAUGAACUGGUUCAAUCCCCACGGCACCGGAAAAUCGCGGUUAUCCUUGUCGCAUCCUCUUACGUUACCUGGACAUAUCAGACGCAUACAUUCUCGAAUUCUAUAGAGACUCUUGCUGUGGCCUGGAGUCUCGUUUUAAUUCAGAGGAUCACGGAAAACAAGCAGAGAUCAAAUUCCUUCGCAUCAGCUAUUCUUGCCUUUGUUGUAGUUUUCGGAAUCUUCAACCGAAUCACCUUCCCCGCAUUUCUUCUAAUACCUGCCCUUCGUUUGAUACCCCAUUUUUUCAAGAAACCUCUUGCUUUAAUUGCUGCAGUACUUUCAGCCCUUCUUACUAGCUUUGUUGCGAUUUACUUGGACACCACUUUCUACACCGAUCACUCAAUCACCUGGUCCUACCUAUUCUCACAUCCCACAAUCACUCCUCUCAACAAUCUCAAAUACAACCUUCAAGCAAGCAAUCUUGCUACACAUGGCUUACACCCAUGGUAUCAACACGUCCUCUUCAAUCUCCCACUCCUCAUUGGCCCAGCAGCCCUCCUCAUUUUCUUCCGCCCACAUCUAUCUCUGCGCCUGUACUCCGCAAUAUCAGGCGUCUUCGUUCUUUCUAUAUUCCAGCACCAGGAGGCGCGUUUCCUCCUCCCAACAGUACCACUAAUACUCUCCUCUGUACAACUACCAAAAAACCAAACACACUUGCGCAUCUGGGCCGGUCUCUGGAUUGCUUUUAAUGUAAUUUUCGGCCUCCUGAUGGGCGUGUACCAUCAAGGAGGCAUCAUUCCUACUCAAGUCUUCUUGAGCAAACAACCAGAUGCGACGCAGGCGAUUUGGUGGAAGACUUAUAGUCCACCCAUAUGGCUCUUGAAUGGGAAGAAUGAGGUCUUGAGGACUCAUGAUAUUAUGGGUAUGAAAGGCCCAUCGAUGCUGAGGGAAGUCGGGGCGCUAGCGACGUGUCAUAAGCCUUCUACGAACGCUACGGCAUAUCUAGAGGAGAAAGAAGGGACGUAUCUGAUCGCGCCCCUAUCCGCGACAUUUCUAGACAUCUAUGUUCCGAAAACGGACGGACAUCUGCAUUUCCAGGAGGUGUGGCGGCAUACACAACAUCUGAAUCUGGAUGAUCUAGAGUUCGGGGACGAUGGGUUCUGGGCUACCCUGAAGAGAGUUAUAGGCAGGAGAGGCUUGGCUGCGUGGAGAGUGACGAAGGAUUGUAAGAGUUAA